CCGGGGGGCGGCGGACCGCGGGGCGCUCGCCUGGCUCUGCUACGACGCCCUGAUGCACUUCGCGCUGGAAGGCCCUUUUGUCUACUUGUCUUUGGUGGGAAACGUUGCAGAGUCUGAUGGCUUGAUCGCUUCACUGUGGAAAGAAUAUGGCAAAGCUGAUGCAAGAUGGCUUUAUUUUGAUCCAACCAUUGUGUCUUUGGAAAUUCUGACUGUUGUCCUGGAUGGGUCUCUGGCAUUGGUUCUAAUUUAUGCCAUAGUCAAAGAGAAAUAUUAUCGGCAUUUCAUACAGAUUACCCUGUGCGUGUGUGAAUUGUAUGGCGGGUGGAUGACCUUCUCCCCAGACUGGCUUAUGGGAAGCCCCAACCUCAACACCAACAACUGGCUCUACUUUUGGGUCUAUCUGGUAUUUUUCAAUAGUGUAUGGGUUCUGAUCCCAGGACUGUUACUGUGGCAGUCAUGGGUAGAACUCAAGAAAAUGCAUUACAAAGGAACAACUUCAAGGAAAAAAUUUCAGUGAAUUUUCAAAAUCAUAAACACUCUUUAUCUUGCUUUAUGAGCCAGCAUGGAUCAAACCUUUUUGUUUGGCCAAAUGUAAUACAUUCCAGCCUACAUUUUCUUUUUAUAUUGUUUUUCUUGAAUUUCAAAUUGAUUGUAAGGUGGCAAGUUUUUGUUGUUGCUUUUUUCCAAUUAAAUGGCAAUGUACGGAACAGAGAAUAAAUUUUAACUUGUAAUAAUAACACAUUUAAUUAUACAUUUUUAUGGCUAGCAUUAAUUGUUCCACAUUAAUAAAGCCAGUUAUCAUAAAA